AUGCCGGCUCUACCGUCGUUUAUGGAUCAUAUGCAAUUAAAUCCACGAUCAGUUCUUCGACCAGAGUACCUAAAUUAUUCACGUGUGCAUUCGUCUACCUCAGAUCAGUUUGUUGCACCACCCUUUGAGAAACGUUUGAAUACGAACACUGCACCACUCUACACUACGGAAAACCGUAGUUUUCGCAGGAAAUACUUGCGUGACGCGAUACAUCAUCCGUACUCGCGGAGCAAUUGCCGUUCCCUUGAAUCGAGUCCGCAGAAUGGCGCCACAUUGAGAAAUCCCUCUUCCCUGAGGUGCGGUCCCUUAGCAGUUCCUUUGCGAUCAGGUUAUUCUUCGCCAGACUCAGAUGGGCCUUCGCGCAUAUAUCCGUCAUCCAGCCUUACAUAUACGCCGAAAUUUGCAUCAGAUUUACGAAAUACUCGCUCCGAAAGUGAUGUACUUGUUAGAGAUGUUGAGGAGAACGCUGUUUCCUCCAGAUCACACUCUCACGGUCAGUCCGAACAGCUUCGGCGGUCCCGUGAAUCCAACACUUUUGCCCUAAUUGACGCGCAGUUGUCCUGUUUACCUCUCAGUCAAGUCCGAGAUAUGUACCUCCAGAGUCGAAGUGGUGCCAACUUCUCCGGUAGCUCCGCGGCAAGAACAACUAAAAAAGUUAACCUUUCCGUUGUACAUACGAUUGUCCGAUUUCGGUUAAAAGAAUAUCUUCAUGACAUUCAAGAUCACACAAAUUUUUUACUGGACACAUUGCUCUCCAGCACAUUCGAAGAUUACCACCCUGGAAUGAGAAAUGAACUAGCAUCGAAGCUUUUUGGUAUCUCUCGAUUACCUUGUGCCGCUGAUUGUCAAUUUUGUCCUGGACUUCUCAGUCGGCAGACCCGAAGCAGGCGCCGCAACCGUUUAAAUGAGAGGUUCACAACCGACAAAGUACCCCUAAUCGUUAGCCCUUGCCCACUUGACAGCUCCGUGAGACCCUUCAGUAGUUCUUCCUCAAACAACUCUACCACCCCCAUGCUAACAGCCUCAGACGCCCCCUCCGAGUCACAUGAUUUCUCACCCUCAAGCAACUUGAAGGAUGAUAUUGAUCAAGAUCUUAAUAAGAUCGAGCGCAAAUCUUUUAGUGAAGAGGACAAAGCUACCCCCGUCGAUAUAUUGGACGAUCUGAACAACAUCAAACUUACACCCGGUCAGUUUUAUUUACCAACUGAUUGUUCGACCUUGGAAAAACCGCUGCUAUCAUACCACCUGAACUGUGAUCCGUUUGAACCUAAGCGAGCGCGAAGUCGCCUAGAUAGUUUUACUUUACGUAUAGUUGACGAAUUUGGCGCAAAUGAUUGGCUCGCUGAAGGGAUUGAAGUCGGCCCAAGUGGCGACGAGCCUGUUGAUCUCCACACGCUAGUGAACGACUCUGCAUGCGAAGGCAUAUUGAAGCCAGAAGAGUUUCUCUUCGGUUCUGAGUUCGAGCCCAUUGAUUUAUUGCACUCCUUCGUAGCUGACAGGUGUUCAGAUGCGAACCAUCUCAGUAAUUCAUAG